GGAACAAUCCACUUUCACCAACGUUCAAUGUGCUACGCUACCAUUCCAAACUUCCUUUCUUUUAUAUACUAAAUAAAUAACACUCAUCCAUUCUCCUUCUUCUUCAUCUGCUAAAUUUGGGUGCGUACUAAUUUGGGGAAUCGGAUAUUGAAUUUUGAAUCUGGUGUGAGUAAAUUUGAUCGCGUUGUUCUUCAUCGAGGAUAGGAUAGGACAGGAAGCAGGGGAAGAUUAGGAAGCAUCGGCAAUGGCAAUAGCAAUGGCAAUGGGAUGUGAGGGUGUGUCUUGCAGGGGGAACCAGGCCUCCACCUUGAUCUUGACGUCCGGAGCCAGCGGCAGAAUCCGCGCUCUCUUUUCCCUGCGAGCCCUCAAGGCCCUCCUUGCCUUCUUCAACGCUGUCGUUUUGCUCCUUCUCUUUCCCUUCCGCAAAGGGACUCUCCUCUCCUCCCGACUCGCAUGGAAGAGCACCGCUGCUUCUACCUCUUCCACCGCCAGGAGGGCUCUCGCCAUUCGGAGAGUCAUGGAGGACGCCGACGCCGACGCCGACGCCGACCAUCCUACCUCUUUUAGGGACUACCGCCUCAUCGCUUCCUCCAGGGGUGACACCAUUUUCACCCAGUCUUGGAUUCCCCGCUCCCCUAACCAUACCAUCAGGGGACUUGUUUUUCUUAUGCAUGGACUUAAUGAACACAGUGGCAGAUACACUGACUUUGCCAAGCAGCUCAAUGCUAAUGGUUUCAAGGUUUACGCCAUGGAUUGGCUUGGUCACGGUGGAAGUGAUGGGUUACAUGGUUAUGUCCAUUCUCUUGAUGAUGCCGUGUCUGAUAUGAAAACAUUUUUGGAGAAGGUUCUAAAUGAAAAUCCUGGACUCCCAUGUUUCUGCUUUGGACACUCGACGGGAGCAGCCAUUACUCUUAAGGCUCUGCUUGAUCCGAAGUUUGAAGCUCGCAUAGCUGGUGCUGUAUUGACAUCCCCUGCAGUUGGUGUUGCCCCUGCUCAUCCUGUUUUGCUGGUACUUGCUCCAAUAGCUUCAUUUUUGUUGCCAACAUAUCAAUGUAGUUCUGCAUAUAAGAAGGGUUCGGUAGUGUCUAGAGACCCGGAGGCUCUAAUUGCUAAAUACUCUGAUCCAUUAGUAUGUACUGGACCUCUUAGAGUACGAACUGGUUAUGAGAUUCUCAGAAUUACAAACUACUUGCAGCAAAAUGUAAAAAAAUUAAGAGUUCCAUUUUUUGUUCUCCAUGGCACUGCUGAUUCCGUAACUGAUCCCAUUGCUUCUAAAAAAUUCUACGUAGAAGCCUCUUCAACUGACAAGAGUAUCAAACUAUACGAGGGCUUCUUACAUGACCUUCUCUUUGAACCAGAACGAGACGCUAUCACACAGGAUAUAAUUCAAUGGCUGAACAGUAGAGUAGGAGGUUAAAUGAGUAGUGGUGUGAGUGAAAAUGUCGAGAAAUUUUUCAACCAUUGAAAAUUGAAGAAGCACCUUGUCUGAGUGGAUAAUGUCUGGUUAUUUGUAGAGGAAAGUAAAUCGAUGCUGAAGCUACAUAAAUCCAGGCAUUCUUUUAUUUUGAAAUCCUACAGCCAUCUGUGAGCUUCCUUUAGUUAGGACAUCAUUUAUUACUAUUUUCUCCGAUGCAGUUGUUGUCGUGGAGCACAGUGAGUAAUUACCUUUAAUUAGGCAUGAUCUGUGGUUCAUUUUUGUCCAUAGGAAAAUUCUGUACCUUUUUCUUUUUCCUGUCCCGAGCAUUCGUGCCCACCAACUAGUGUGCCAGUGCAUGGACUCUUGAUUUUCAUCAAUAAACUUUUAUCUCAAAAGGUUCAUUUC